AGUCCGAGACUCGUCGCAAACGCAGAGGGAGAGAGGGGUUCGAAUGGCAAAGGAGAAAUAAGAAGUCCGUACCAGCCAGAGAUGAAAAAAUAAACUUAUCAGGGAAACUGGAUCUAACACUUGUUAAAAAUAGAUUCCGCAAGGAGACGAGCGAAUAGGAUGCCAGUGCUUUUAAUAAAAGUAAUGAAGGAAGACGAAAGGGGACGUUUGAUAAAGUAUGACCAACAGUAAGAUUAAUGCUGAAUUAUGAUAGUCGGUGUUUUUGGAAUACAGAAUCGGAUUCCGCUGAACGGCCACUUCUUUGUAAAUCGUCGUUUCACACAAUGGGGGCAAAUGACUCAAUGAACAACUGAAUGAGAAGAAAGAGAUAAACUCAAGAGAAACAAAUCUGUAAACAAAAGUGUCAAAAGUUUAAAGGAAGAUUCCAGAUCUCUCUUUUUUUUUACCCCUCAGUGAAACGUAUGUACCUGUUAGGAGUCAUUUUCGGGAGGAAUUGGGUCCUUUGACUGAAUAACCGCUAUUUGGGGGGGAAAAAAAAGAAAAGGCAACCAAGAUGUAUCUGGGUAAAGCACUUCUGUUUUUCCUGCUUUUGAACUUUGUGACCAUGACUUUGACACUGUCCACUUGCACCACUGUGGAUAUCCACAACAUCAAGAAGAAGAGGGUCGAGGCGAUUCGGGGACAGAUCCUCAGUAAGCUAAGACUGACGAGCGUGCCCAAGGAUGUAGGUCCGACUCAGGUCCCUUUCCAAGUGCUGGCGCUGUACAACAGCACGAAGGAGUUGCUGGAAGAGGUGGGCAGAGACAGGCAUCAGAGCUGCGCUCAAGACAAUACGGAGACAGAGUACUACGCCAAAGAAAUAUACAAAUUCAACAUGAUUCAGGGGACGCCGGAAAACAAUGACCUCCAGCACUGCCUCAAGAGCGUCACCUCGAAGGUGUUCCGUUUCAACGUCUCGGCCAUGGAGAAGAACGCUACCCACCUGUUCAGGGCGGAGUUCCGGGCCCUGCGAGUCCCCAACUCCAGCGCCAAGAAAAACGAGCAGCGAAUCGAACUCUACCAGAUUCUGAGGCCAGACGAACAUAUAGCCAAGCAACGCUACAUCGCGGGAAAAAACGUCUUGACAAAGGGGUUACCCGAGUGGAUAUCCUUUGACGUCACGGAGACGGUCAGAGAGUGGCUCAUGUACAGAGAGACCAAUCUGGGCCUGGAGAUCAGCGUGCACUGUCCCUGCCACACCUUUAACACCAACGGCGACAUCCUGGAGAACAGAAAUGAGCUGCUGGAAGUCAAGUUCAAAGGGGUGGAGAACGAGUUUGACGAGCAGGGCCGCUGGGAUCUGGGCCGCCUCCGGAGGCAGAAGGAGCAGCUGUUCCCUCAUCUCAUCCUCAUGAUGCUGCCCCCUCACCGCCUGGACAGUUACUCCACGUCUGCCCGCCGCAAGCGGGCCCUGGACACCAACUACUGCUUCAGCAAUUAUGAAGAAAACUGCUGUGUGCGCCCCCUCUACAUUGACUUCCGCGAAGACCUGGGCUGGAGGUGGAUCCAUGAGCCCAAGGGCUACUACGCCAACUUCUGCUCAGGCCCCUGUCCUUACCUCAGGAGUGGGGACACUACACAUGCCCAGAUAAUAAGCCUGUACAGCACUUUGAAUCCCGAAGCCUCUCCUUCUCCCUGCUGCGUCCCUCAGGAUCUGGAGCCCCUGACUAUCCUCUAUUAUGUCGGACGGACUCCCAAGGUGGAGCAGCUCUCCAACAUGAUUGUAAAAUCCUGCAAGUGCAGCUGAGACCACCAGCACGUCCAAAGUGCAAUUCAGCAGGAGUGUCCAGCUGAGUUGCCUGCCAACCCCAACCCUUUUCCUAAAAAAUACCUCUGUACAGAACGCCAACUUGGCUACAUACCAGAGGAUCUGGCAGAAGGAGAAGAAUGACUGGUCACUCUGCUUAAAGACAAAACGUGCCUAGAAAACUCACCCUUUAACAUGUAAUGUCAUUGUGUUAGGAUGAACGUCAGACCCAUGGACCUAGAAGUGACAGUUUUUCAGCUUUAAACUUUUUUUUUUCAGCAUACUGAACUGGCUUUUUCCCCCCCCCUGACAGCUGGGCAUUUCAGACCUAUUUCCUUUUUAUAAAAAUGACAGACAAAAGCUUUCUUAUUGCGUGACCUGUAAGGAGAGCUGCUUGGUACAACAACUUGAGAACGUAGCUGCAGUUGAAACAGAAGACUCUGAAAAUGCCUGUCGGAUUUUGAGAAAAAUCACAAAGGUAUAAAAAUAAAACAAAGCACUGUUUGGCUGAAGCUGCAGCGACCUGUAUUUUUGGGAAUGCCAACUUAAAACCUUGAUGUACUUAAAUGAGUACAUAAGGAUAUUCAUGCUGGAAAUCUGCGCUGUGCGCACCUCAGUGCCCUACACUGUUGAGCUAGGAGAGAUACUGAUGGAUUUCAAAGAGACUUAGGAAAAAUCACACGCUGGAAAAGAACUAUGUCAGAACCAGAAUAAUCGCCAUCGUUACGUUUACCUCUUUUCAGCAAUAGAAGAACUUAUUUAGGGACAUUUUGUUCAUAAAUGGAAGUGAAUAUUUUCCAUUGUACAAUGUAUGUCACUUAGUGAAAAUUUCACUAAAUCACAAACUGUUAAUGUGUUCAUAAUAUUACUCCUGAAAACACUUUUUGUAUUAAAAAAAAACGGUCUUGGA